AUAUGAUUACGUUUAUUUUUUUAUGAUAAUACCUAUCGAGUGAAUGUUCGAUAAUCUGUUGAUUUUUUUUUAGAACAAUCGGGCGCGAAAGCUUCGUCAUGGAAAUGCCUCCUUGUUAUUGGUGGAAUAUUUCGCAAAUACCAACCUAACGAAUUUAGUAAUUUUGGCUAUGUUGUCAGAAAUAUUACUUCUCACCAGUUGUGUGCCAGGCAGGUCGUCAAUAAUGAAUCGUAAAAGAUAGCCGAACGUCUGUAAUGCGUUCGCAAACAAUCUCGAUGCCGAGAAAUGGAGAGACAGCAGUGUAAUCCACUUCAAAACUUUGACGAUUCGAAAAGUGAGAUUUUGAAAAAAAGAUUACUUAAAUCGAGCAGCGCUCCCGCCUGCAACAAUCUAGCUCCGACCGCUUCGCAGCACAAUGUGCUGCUGAAUACUUUGCGCACGCCGAUAUCAAGCAGCAUGAUCGUGUCUUCGGUGGGUAGCGGGCAGGGCUCGCUGCCGCUGCAGCACGGGCUGAUGACGCACUCGCUGGCGCCGGUGAAGCUGCACCCCAAUCCCGCGCCGUACCCUCUCCAGCUGUCCACGGUGCACGUCCCGGUACAGAUCCCCGGCACGAGCGCCAACAUCAACGUGCCCGUCCAGCUGUCUGGACCAAGCAGUAGUGUACCUUUGCAAAUAGCCCCCGUCAGUCUUCCAAUACAAGUGUCCGGGACUACCAGUGUGCCAGUUCAGUUGCCAGCGGGAGACACUAUCAAUGUUCCUCUGCAAAUCCCUGGCGCUAAUCAGAACAUACAACUUGGGGCUCCGGGUAUGCAAUCCAUGCCAAUUUUGCAAAGCUCUAGUCAGCCAAUGAGUUCUAUUAUACAUGUGCAUAUGGGAUCUCAUCCUAGGUCUAACAGCAUGGAUAAUGGUAGUGAUAUGACAGUGACAAGUACUUCGCAGUUACAAACUGUAACUUCAGGAGCUCAAGUGCAAAUGGGGAACAAUUCUACAGUUGUGCAGAUUCCGAGUUCAGUUAAUAACUCAAUACAGUUAGCGCUUCCUAAUUCGGUCAGUUCGGGAGCUGUGCAGCUGAGAGGGGCCACGAGGAAUGUGCCUCAUGUGGUUUACAUCCAGACUCCGCAAGGUCUAAAGCCAGUCACAAGCACUGAUGUCAUCAGCCAAGCCAGCACCAGUGGAAAUCCUCCACAGAUCAUAGUCAGGAGACCUGUCACCAGCAACUCCAACAUACAUUUAAUAUCAAAUGUAAACAACAAGCCAAAUAUUGCGCCAAAAAUAGCUCAGGGCAAGACUGUUUUGGCCCCAGCGGCUACCCCACCAAUAGUUAUCCAGAAACCUAAAAGCAAUGAGAAGAUGAUAGUCCCAGUCAGCAUUGCCCCUGGGAACGCAGGGAAGCAAGCCAUAGCCUACCUCAGCUCAGUCAAGAAACCUAACACUAAAAAUAUGGCUGAUAACCAGUCCAUCCUAAUCUCAAAUAACCAGACAACUGUUAACUCUAACAACCAGAAGCUAUUUCUAACACCAAUGACCAUGCCAAAAAUCCAAAACACAAAGUUUAUCCUGCCUGUAACUCUGCCAGCCACUAUGGCUUCUAAAGGACCUAUCAUCAAUCUGCAAAUAGCUAAUGGACAAAUACAGAAUGAUCCUCAAGGCAAUAUUACUGUCAUGAGAGACAGUGCUGGCUUAGAAUCGGCAGAUAUGCCACCGUUACAACCUCUGGCAAAAAUGGGCAAUGUAAAUGGGAACAGUAAAGAAGCUAAUCCGGUGCCACAGAGUCCUAACAAAUGUGAAACAUACACAAUAUCCAUUCCUGGGUCACGAGCGGAGCCUACAGAUGAACAAGGCACUUAUACACUUUCAAUACCAGAAACUAAUGCUUCUAUGAAUGAUGAUAUUUACACUGUCUCAAUAGCCGAUGAUGAGGAUCAGAGUCGGGAAAAGUCCUUCACUCUAGCCAUACCAGAAAAAGGAAAGAGUUUGCUAAAUAGAAACAUGAUAGAAAGGAAUGAAGUUGGUUCCCAUGUCACUAUAGCAGCUCCUGCUAUUUUAAGGCGCUCAAACUCUGAUAACAGCGAAAGAAAAGCUUCCAAUGCUAAUCUAAAGAGGCGGAUAUCCCUCUGCAAUGAAAAUUUAUCCAGUAAAAACAUGAAAUUUACGCAACCGCUGCCAAAACCGGCUCAAAAAUCCGAAGAUUCUGACAAUAACGACGAUCAUCGCGUGCCUUCUCUAUUCUGUGACGAAAAGUUAGACAAGGACUUAGAAUGUAAAGUCACUCUUGGCGAUUCCGACGAGGAAUACAAGGAGAAGAAAGAACCAGAAGCUAAGAGCUUACUGUACUAUCAAAAAGAUAUGAAAAAUGAGAGAAUGAAAAGGGAAAGCGUGGAUAGCGCGUUAGAGGAAGAUCCUCCUGGAUUAUUCUGGAACAACGGAAUAGCGCAGCUGCAUGGCAGCACGCUACAGUUCCAAACAAAUGAAUUUGGGCUUAUAGACCUCAUAGACGCCUCUGACCCUGAAGAAUUACCGCUCCCACCGAGCGCGAAAUACCACACGCCUUUAAAACAGCGUUUAGAACGUCCACGUGAAAAGAAACCAACGUCCCCCGAGGAUCUAUACCGAUGUGACGGCUGCGGCUGCCACGGGAUGGCAGCAGAGUUCAUAACGCCGAACUUCUGCAGUCUCACUUGCCAAAGCGAUGUACAAAAAGUGACUCAAAAGAAGCGAGAUCGCGAACGCGCCGAAUUAACUCGCCGGAGGAACAAAAUGAAGAAACUCCUCAUGAGGAAACAGCAUGAUGAACCGAUGGAUGAACCAGCUAAACCGGACGAUGAAAAGCUAUCUGAUGAUGUGAUAGAUGAGAAAUACCCAUGGAUGUGCGGAAAGAACGGUUUCUCAUGGAUGCGGUAUCUGGACUUUUGUAAAGCGAAGGCGGCUCCGGUGAAGUUGUUUAAGGAUCCGUUCCCGUACAACCGGAACGGGUUUAAGGUCGGCAUGAGGAUGGAGGCGAUAGAUCCGCAGCGCGCUUCCGUCUGGGCCGUGGUUUCUGUGGCAGAAGUGCAGGGCUACCGCCUCCGCCUCCACUUCGACUCGUACCCCGACAUCCACGACUACUGGGUGAACGCGGACUGCCCCGACGUGUUCCCCUCGGGCUGGUGCGAGCGCAGCCAGCGCGCGCUGCGGCCGCCCGCCGCGCACGCGCACGGCUUCAGCUGGCCCAUGUACCUCAAGCAGAUGCGCGCCAUAGCGGCUCCGAGGCACCUGUUCCCGCACAUCACCACCACGACUGUAAAACCCAACGGGUUCCGUAUCGGCAUGAAGCUCGAGGCCGAGGACCGCAAGAACGACAUGGUGUGCGUCGCGACCGUCGCCGACAUGCUCGACGCCCGGCUGCUGAUCAACUUCGACUCGUGGGACGAUAUGUACGACGUGUGGCUGGAUCCGACGUCGCCGUACAUACAUCCUGUCGGCUGGGCAGAGGAGAACGACAUCGCACUUACACCUCCUAAUUUCUAUAAGGACCCGGACUCGUUCUCUUGGGACAGCUACCUGGCCGAGACGGGGGCCGCGGCGGCGCCGCCGCGCGCCUUCAAGACGCGGCCGCCGCAGGGCUUCAAGCCCGGCAUGAAGCUGGAGGUCGUCGAUAAAAGGGUGCCGUUCCUGAUCCGCGUAGCCAGCAUAAGUGAAGUAAAGGGCCACCAGGUCCGCGUCUCGUUCGACGGCUGGCCGGACGAGCUCUCCUAUUGGCUAGACGAUGAUUCCCCAGACAUCCAUCCCGUUGGUUGGUGUUUGAAGACCGGACAUCCGCUUGAGCCGCCACUAACGGCGGAGGAAGCGGUGGUGCUGGGCCCCUGCGGGGUGGGCGGGUGCCGCGGGCUGGGCUCGCUGCGCGGCGGCGCGCACAAGCAGCACGUGGCCGCCUCCGCCUGCCCCUACCGCGCGCCUGCCUCGCCCAACACUCCCGACCGCCUCGCCGCUGAACGACCUACGAGGCCCCUCGGCCGCCCUCCGAAAACGGCUGAAACACUCACUCCCACCAGCGACACGCACACACCUAAAGAGAAACCUACAAGAGGAAGACCUCCAAAACAUAAGAGAGUCGAAGAAGUCUCGAAAGUUGACCCUGCGUCCGAUGAGGAAUCAAUAUCGAGCAGCAACGCCGCCAGCAGCCGGCGCUGGCGCGUGCGCCGCCACCGCGAGCCACGCGAGGCGCGGGAGCUGCGGCUCGACGUGCGCCGGCACAUCGCCGCGCUACAGCUGCCUAGCCGCCCCGACAUAUGGACGCAGGAGGAGGUGGGCAUGCUGGUGGCGCGCGUGGGCGGCGCGGCGGCCGGAGCAGCGGCGCGCGCGGCGCGGCUGGCCGGGAGGGAGCUGCUCAUGGCGUCGCGAGAGGAGCUGGUCGCCUGCCUGCACAUACGGCUCGGCCCCGCCGUCAAGGUACAUACAUGCUGGUGCCCGCGUGGGUGGAGCGGCGGCCGGAGCAGCGGCGCGGCUGGCCGGGAGGGAGCUGCUCAUGGCGUCGCGAGAGGAGCUGGUCGCCUGCCUGCACAUACGGCUCGGCCCCGCCGUCAAGGUACAUACAUGCUGGUGCCCGCGUGGGUGGAGCGGCGGCCGGAGCAGCGGCGCGGCUGGCCGGGAGGGAGCUGCUCAUGGCGUCGCGAGAGGAGCUGGUCGCCUGCCUGCACAUACGGCUCGGCCCCGCCGUCAAGGUACAUACAUGCUGGUGCCCGCGUGGGUGGAGCGGCGGCCGGAGCAGCGGCGCGGCUGGCCGGGAGGGAGCUGCUCAUGGCGUCGCGAGAGGAGCUGGUCGCCUGCCUGCACAUACGGCUCGGCCCCGCCGUCAAGGUACAUACAUGCUGGUGCCCGCGUGGGUGGAGCGGCGGCCGGAGCAGCGGCGCGGCUGGCCGGGAGGGAGCUGCUCAUGGCGUCGCGAGAGGAGCUGGUCGCCUGCCUGCACAUACGGCUCGGCCCCGCCGUCAAGGUACAUACAUGCUGGUGCCCGCGUGGGUGGAGCGGCGGCCGGAGCAGCGGCGCGGCUGGCCGGGAGGGAGCUGCUCAUGGCGUCGCGAGAGGAGCUGGUCGCCUGCCUGCACAUACGGCUCGGCCCCGCCGUCAAGGUACAUACAUGCUGGUGCCCGCGUGGGUGGAGCGGCGGCCGGAGCAGCGGCGCGGCUGGCCGGGAGGGAGCUGCUCAUGGCGUCGCGAGAGGAGCUGGUCGCCUGCCUGCACAUACGGCUCGGCCCCGCCGUCAAGGUACAUACAUGCUGGUGCCCGCGUGGGUGGAGCGGCGGCCGGAGCAGCGGCGCGGCUGGCCGGGAGGGAGCUGCUCAUGGCGUCGCGAGAGGAGCUGGUCGCCUGCCUGCACAUACGGCUCGGCCCCGCCGUCAAGGUACAUACAUGCUGGUGCCCGCGUGGGUGGAGCGGCGGCCGGAGCAGCGGCGCGGCUGGCCGGGAGGGAGCUGCUCAUGGCGUCGCGAGAGGAGCUGGUCGCCUGCCUGCACAUACGGCUCGGCCCCGCCGUCAAGGUACAUACAUGCUGGUGCCCGCGUGGGUGGAGCGGCGGCCGGAGCAGCGGCGCGGCUGGCCGGGAGGGAGCUGCUCAUGGCGUCGCGAGAGGAGCUGGUCGCCUGCCUGCACAUACGGCUCGGCCCCGCCGUCAAGGUACAUACAUGCUGGUGCCCGCGUGGGUGGAGCGGCGGCCGGAGCAGCGGCGCGGCUGGCCGGGAGGGAGCUGCUCAUGGCGUCGCGAGAGGAGCUGGUCGCCUGCCUGCACAUACGGCUCGGCCCCGCCGUCAAGGUACAUACAUGCUGGUGCCCGCGUGGGUGGAGCGGCGGCCGGAGCAGCGGCGCGGCUGGCCGGGAGGGAGCUGCUCAUGGCGUCGCGAGAGGAGCUGGUCGCCUGCCUGCACAUACGGCUCGGCCCCGCCGUCAAGGUACAUACAUGCUGGUGCCCGCGUGGGUGGAGCGGCGGCCGGAGCAGCGGCGCGGCUGGCCGGGAGGGAGCUGCUCAUGGCGUCGCGAGAGGAGCUGGUCGCCUGCCUGCACAUACGGCUCGGCCCCGCCGUCAAGGUACAUACAUGCUGGUGCCCGCGUGGGUGGAGCGGCGGCCGGAGCAGCGGCGCGGCUGGCCGGGAGGGAGCUGCUCAUGGCGUCGCGAGAGGAGCUGGUCGCCUGCCUGCACAUACGGCUCGGCCCCGCCGUCAAGGUACAUACAUGCUGGUGCCCGCGUGGGUGGAGCGGCGGCCGGAGCAGCGGCGCGGCUGGCCGGGAGGGAGCUGCUCAUGGCGUCGCGAGAGGAGCUGGUCGCCUGCCUGCACAUACGGCUCGGCCCCGCCGUCAAGGUACAUACAUGCUGGUGCCCGCGUGGGUGGAGCGGCGGCCGGAGCAGCGGCGCGGCUGGCCGGGAGGGAGCUGCUCAUGGCGUCGCGAGAGGAGCUGGUCGCCUGCCUGCACAUACGGCUCGGCCCCGCCGUCAAGGUACAUACAUGCUGGUGCCCGCGUGGGUGGAGCGGCGGCCGGAGCAGCGGCGCGGCUGGCCGGGAGGGAGCUGCUCAUGGCGUCGCGAGAGGAGCUGGUCGCCUGCCUGCACAUACGGCUCGGCCCCGCCGUCAAGGUACAUACAUGCUGGUGCCCGCGUGGGUGGAGCGGCGGCCGGAGCAGCGGCGCGGCUGGCCGGGAGGGAGCUGCUCAUGGCGUCGCGAGAGGAGCUGGUCGCCUGCCUGCACAUACGGCUCGGCCCCGCCGUCAAGGUACAUACAUGCUGGUGCCCGCGUGGGUGGAGCGGCGGCCGGAGCAGCGGCGCGGCUGGCCGGGAGGGAGCUGCUCAUGGCGUCGCGAGAGGAGCUGGUCGCCUGCCUGCACAUACGGCUCGGCCCCGCCGUCAAGGUACAUACAUGCUGGUGCCCGCGUGGGUGGAGCGGCGGCCGGAGCAGCGGCGCGGCUGGCCGGGAGGGAGCUGCUCAUGGCGUCGCGAGAGGAGCUGGUCGCCUGCCUGCACAUACGGCUCGGCCCCGCCGUCAAGGUACAUACAUGCUGGUGCCCGCGUGGGUGGAGCGGCGGCCGGAGCAGCGGCGCGGCUGGCCGGGAGGGAGCUGCUCAUGGCGUCGCGAGAGGAGCUGGUCGCCUGCCUGCACAUACGGCUCGGCCCCGCCGUCAAGGUACAUACAUGCUGGUGCCCGCGUGGGUGGAGCGGCGGCCGGAGCAGCGGCGCGGCUGGCCGGGAGGGAGCUGCUCAUGGCGUCGCGAGAGGAGCUGGUCGCCUGCCUGCACAUACGGCUCGGCCCCGCCGUCAAGGUACAUACAUGCUGGUGCCCGCGUGGGUGGAGCGGCGGCCGGAGCAGCGGCGCGGCUGGCCGGGAGGGAGCUGCUCAUGGCGUCGCGAGAGGAGCUGGUCGCCUGCCUGCACAUACGGCUCGGCCCCGCCGUCAAGGUACAUACAUGCUGGUGCCCGCGUGGGUGGAGCGGCGGCCGGAGCAGCGGCGCGGCUGGCCGGGAGGGAGCUGCUCAUGGCGUCGCGAGAGGAGCUGGUCGCCUGCCUGCACAUACGGCUCGGCCCCGCCGUCAAGGUACAUACAUGCUGGUGCCCGCGUGGGUGGAGCGGCGGCCGGAGCAGCGGCGCGGCUGGCCGGGAGGGAGCUGCUCAUGGCGUCGCGAGAGGAGCUGGUCGCCUGCCUGCACAUACGGCUCGGCCCCGCCGUCAAGGUACAUACAUGCUGGUGCCCGCGUGGGUGGAGCGGCGGCCGGAGCAGCGGCGCGGCUGGCCGGGAGGGAGCUGCUCAUGGCGUCGCGAGAGGAGCUGGUCGCCUGCCUGCACAUACGGCUCGGCCCCGCCGUCAAGGUACAUACAUGCUGGUGCCCGCGUGGGUGGAGCGGCGGCCGGAGCAGCGGCGCGGCUGGCCGGGAGGGAGCUGCUCAUGGCGUCGCGAGAGGAGCUGGUCGCCUGCCUGCACAUACGGCUCGGCCCCGCCGUCAAGGUACAUACAUGCUGGUGCCCGCGUGGGUGGAGCGGCGGCCGGAGCAGCGGCGCGGCUGGCCGGGAGGGAGCUGCUCAUGGCGUCGCGAGAGGAGCUGGUCGCCUGCCUGCACAUACGGCUCGGCCCCGCCGUCAAGGUACAUACAUGCUGGUGCCCGCGUGGGUGGAGCGGCGGCCGGAGCAGCGGCGCGGCUGGCCGGGAGGGAGCUGCUCAUGGCGUCGCGAGAGGAGCUGGUCGCCUGCCUGCACAUACGGCUCGGCCCCGCCGUCAAGGUACAUACAUGCUGGUGCCCGCGUGGGUGGAGCGGCGGCCGGAGCAGCGGCGCGGCUGGCCGGGAGGGAGCUGCUCAUGGCGUCGCGAGAGGAGCUGGUCGCCUGCCUGCACAUACGGCUCGGCCCCGCCGUCAAGGUACAUACAUGCUGGUGCCCGCGUGGGUGGAGCGGCGGCCGGAGCAGCGGCGCGGCUGGCCGGGAGGGAGCUGCUCAUGGCGUCGCGAGAGGAGCUGGUCGCCUGCCUGCACAUACGGCUCGGCCCCGCCGUCAAGGUCUACGGCGCCGUUCGACAGUUACGGCGCGCCAUCACAUGA